AUAAAAAUAUGUUGUUCUUUCCCUUUUUUCCAAGACUUGAUGUUACUUGCUUCACACGUUGAUAGUUAGUGUACCGAUCGUUUCACGACAAUCUGAGAAAAUCUUUCAACCAAUUCAUGCCAGUCUACAGGAAUAAUAUGUUGGUAAAUCAUAAAUCUCUGUUUACUAACAGCUUUCAUAGAGCUUAAGUUUGACAAACAGAAAAUUAAAAAGCAAAGCCAACGCUAAAUAACAUUAAUGCUAACUAAGGCCCUUUGUGGGGUUAGAUUUGGUGGCGCGCUAAUAAAAAUAACUAAUAAAACUAAUAAAAAUCAAAGCGAUUACGUUAAAGGUCAGUCUUAUCAACAUGAGGUGUAAGAAUUCACUAAGCUUAAGUGUCAUUUCAUAAGAUUACAAUGUGACAUUUCAGAGUUUACAUCGCUGAAUGCGAAAUUAAAAUAUUAUUUAAAUAACUAAAUUAUUUCUGACCUGAUGAAGAGGUGCCCUGCUCUUUACCAACUUUUUUUCUCAACCUCAUUUUCAGGAGCUGGCAGUGGGCAAAUAUUGCUUAAUUCCUGCCUGAUACAUAGACAUGCUUUUUUCAUAUACAUAUUCUCUAUCACUGUCAAACAUUAUAGUUAAUAUUGACACACACAAUACAAUUUACAAACAUGUAUGUGAUUUAACAUUAGACAUAGUGAAAACUUUCAUGUCUAACUACUUUUAUAUUUUCUUUAAGUCUUUCCUUCAGCUUUAAAUGAAUAAUAAUGUGGUCCUGGUUCAACUGAAUACAUGCUUAGAUUCUAUUAUGACACAUAUUUCUGCUCUUACCACAAACUGGGACAGGAGCAUCUCUGAUACUGACAACCAGAGUGAAGCUGGGGACUUAACCCUCCGAUCUGUUGAGCCACCAGUCAACUCUCAGUGCUAAUUCUGUAAGAUGUAUGAAGCACGGUGUUCUGUGUAGGCGUCAAGGGAUGAUGUGCUCCAUUGGGACCUGGUGACAUUCCCCAGUCAAGAGCGGGGGAUCUUGUGAAGCCUGUCCAAGAUGCAACAUGACAACAGCAAGAGGUCGCCCAAUGAGUCGACUACAUAAGACGGCAGCCGGGGGACUCUGAACGCUCAGAGGAGGAGGAGCACGACAGUCCUCUUGGCCCUCCCUCGGACUAUAAGACCAGAGGCAGGCUGAAACACUCAGACCGCACGCACACGUGGAGCAAACAGGCAAAGAGGAAGAAGGACAAGGGGGGGAGACCAGCUGGAAGCAAAAGAGCAUGAAUCUGCCGGCACAGACCAGUUGACUCUAGUUGGACUUUUGGAAGGGAAGCGGGUAGAAACAAGUGAUAAAGUAGGAAGUAAAGACACACAAAGAAAGACAGAGUUUUAAUCUGGAGAUGCUAUUUUGAGCUCUUGCACAGUAACUGAAGAUUAAGCAGACUUUGGGAAUGUGGAGUUUUUUUCUGAUGUUUUUAUUUUAGUAGAUCAGAAGAGAAUAAGACAGAGCUGGAGUCUGAAUGCACCUGUGGGUAUAGAUCAGAAGACCCGACUUUUACUGCCCUUGACCUUAAGCUCAACCUGCUGAUGUUUUGCUUUGAGUAAAGGAGGUUAUAAACCAAGUCUGCUUUGCCGAACGCCACCAGUCGACACUCAUUGGGAGCAUCAACACGUUUUUGCUACCCAACCAAACAAGAGAGCAAAGCCUUGCUAGGAAGAGCUCCUGAACGGGACUGAUCAAAUAGCCAUCAAAGAUGACUUUUGCCAUGCUACGCACUCCACCUCCAGCAGGCCGCUUCUUGUACGGAGACAUUGGCCUCCUCUCCGAAGACGACGACGAGAACUGCAGCGAGGGCUCAGGCUCUGAGGACCGCACCAGCAGCUCCUCCCACUCCGCGUCCUUUCGCCUGUCCUCGUCGUCCCAGUCCGCCUUCCACAUCAAGGUGAACAGGAAGAGAAAGAUGUGCGGGGGCGCCGGGGUGAGCGUCACAAACUUGACGGACAGGCUCGGACCCCCGGGCUCGUCUCCUCACGGCGAAGUCCGCCAGAGGACGGCAGCCAACGCACGGGAAAGAGAUCGCACCAAUUCUGUCAACACAGCGUUCACGGCGCUUCGCACGCUCAUCCCCACCGAGCCGGCCGACAGGAAACUGUCAAAGAUUGAGACACUACGUCUGGCCAGCAGCUACAUAAGCCAUCUGGGGAACGUCUUGCUCCUGGGCGAAGGGCUUCACGACGGACAGCCGUGCCACGCCCCCUCGCCUCCAUUCUUCCACGUCAGCUCCUCCCCCACCCGAGGAUCCGACCAAUCGGCUCAGCCCAAGCACAUCUGUACCUUCUGCCUCAGCAACCAGCGGAAAAUGAACAAAGACAGAGACAGGAAGACGAGCAUCCGAAGCUAACGCCGAGGGCACAAACCACACGGACAAAAUGUUCACGACUCUGACGGGGCUUCAUGUGAUUUUUAUUACAACCACUGCAGCUUGAAGACGAACCAGACUUGUGAUGCGUUUUAAAGACUUUUGAAGGAUUUAUGUAGCACUUCCACUUCCUUUUACAAGGAACUUUUUAAUGUUUCCUUUUUCUAUUACUUUAUGCGAACUCUUUGUUUUACAGUGAGGCAUCGUGAACAAGACUUUCCGUGGAUUUUCACCAGCAUAUCAAGACUAUAGAGAGAAAAAAAAAAACAACACAGUACUUCUAAAAAAAGAAAUAUGGCACAUGACCUCUACAAACCCACAAAUUUGUACUCAUUAAAAGUUGUCUUAUUAAAAUGUAAACUGAUAUAAAAACAAAAUGUAUAUUUAUGUAACAUAACAAUAUAUAAUGAAACUGUGUUAUUUAACAGACUUGUGGCAUUUCUGAUAUUGUUUUUAAAGUGCAGACUUUGGUUUCUGACUCAGUUUGUAGCAUCACAGAGAACAUGCUGGAACUAUGGUGGUAAUGGCUAUUUCGAAUAUUCAUCCCUGAAAGUGGAAAAUAACUCGAGCUGACCAAUAAAAUGUUUGUAAAUCUGGG